ACAAUAGAAACAAUUAACUCCCACACUAAAAUGAAGCUCCCAAUUGGGUUGAGUGUCACAAUUCCCCUACUCCUUGUUGCAACCAUUGCUUUCUUCACACUCUCUCCACCAUGCCUCUCCUCCUCCUCCUGCUCCGUUCUCUCCUCCUCCGUCGCUGCCUCCCCCUCCACCUGGAAACUCUCCCUCUUCCGACUACACCCUCCCCACCGUUCCGCUGCAGCUCUGCUGACUGCAGUCGCCGUGACAAAACAACAACAACAAGACCUCUCAGUCAAAGAAAACUCUUUUUCAGUCAACAAAACUCCAAUACCUUUAAUCAAACCAACCGCGACCAAACUGGACCGAAUGGAAUCGAACCUCGCCCGAGCCAGAACCGCCAUCCGGGAAGCCUCCCGCCUCCGCCGGCGAACCCCACCUGACACCAACCUAACCUCCUCCUCCUCCGACGAAUACAUUCCACGUGGCGCCAUCUACCGGAACGCCGACGCCUUCCGGGCGAGCUACUCGGAGAUGGAGAGGCUGUUCAGGGUGUACGUGUACAAGGAAGGGGAGCCGCCCAUUUUCCACGACGGACCUUGCCGGAGUAUCUACUCGUCGGAGGGGAGGUUUAUUCACGAGAUGGAGAAGGGGAAAGGGAAGAAUAUGUACGUGACGGAAGAUCCCGACGAGGCGAUGGUGUAUUUCUUGCCGUUUAGUGUGGUGAGGAUGGUUCAGUAUUUGUACGAGCCUGGUGCUCGCGAGACCGACGGGAUUGGACGUGCCGUUUUGGACUAUAUCGGCGUCGUUUCGGGGAAGUACCCGUUUUGGAACCGGAGCCUCGGCGCCGAUCACUUCAUGCUCUCUUGCCAUGAUUGGGGUCCUCGAGCGACGACUUACCACCCACACCUCUACAACAACUCCAUCAGGGUCCUCUGCAACGCCAACACGUCGGAAGGUUUUAAUCCGGCGAAAGACGCUUCCUUCCCCGAAAUCCACCUCCGAACCGGAGAGAUCACCGGCCUGAUCGGUGGGCCGCCACCUUCCAGCCGCUCCAUCCUCGCCUUCUUCGCCGGCCGCCUCCACGGCCACAUAAGAAAAAUCGUCCUCGACACAUGGAAAGACCGAGACCAAGACGUCCAAGUCUUCGACAACCUCCCUCCAGGCGUCUCCUACGAGUCCAAGCUCCGAAACAGCAGGUUCUGCCUGUGUCCCAGCGGGUACGAGGUUGCGAGCCCGAGGGUCGUCGAGGCGAUCUACGCGGAAUGCGUCCCCGUGCUCAUCUCCGACAGCUACAUGCCGCCGUUCAGCGACGUGCUGAACUGGAGCGCGUUUUCGGUCACCAUCGGAGUGGAGGAUAUCGGGAGGAUAAAAGAAAUACUGACGGAAAUUCCCGACGAACAAUACCUGAAGAUGCACAGGAGGGUGAAGCAGGUGCAGAGGCAUUUCGUGGCGAAUGGACCGCCCAAGAGAUUCGACGUUUUUCACAUGACGGUACACUCGAUCUGGCUCAGGCGCCUCAACGUUCGGAUCCAAAAUUCGAGUCUUUAAGCUUUUGCACGGACAACAUUAUCUGUGAUGGGGGGAAAACUGUAAAGUGUUCGUUCUUGUUUUUGUAGGCCUGCCAAAUUUGGAAAUGGAUUUUUGAUUUCCCUUUGCUCCAUCGAAUGGCGGAAUGGAAUUUCUUAUGUUGGGAGGCAGAGAGGAAAGAAUUAGAAGCAGGCCAAGCAGCCUAGUGUGACAAUGGGCCGUUGCUCCUUUGAGGCCCAAACGCGAAGCAUUCGAGCCUUAUUAUUGCGGGCUGGGUGCAUGACUGACGAAUUGGGCUGGAAAGAAAGUAUAUCAGCCACGAGAAAAGGGUUAUUUAAGGGCUCGUUUGGUAUGCACGAAAACCACCAUUAAUUAAGCUAUAAAAAAAGACCCGCCAAGACCAAGACAUGUCAUAUAAUAUGGCCGUCGAAACACCUAAUAAUCCUGGUUUUACGUUACCGUGUUUCACUUGAUAAUAUAAACAAUAAAUAGCA